UUGGUGUCACAGGUGUAGUUUCGCCCACCAAUCAUGCCUCUCAUACAUAAAACCUACUAUGAUAUUCUAGAUGUGAAGGAAAAUGCAAGCUAUGAAGAAAUCCGUGCAAGCUACAGGUGUGCAAUCCUUACUUCUCACCCAGACAAGCUGCAUGGGAUAUCUGAGGUAUCCAAUUCUCACCAUGAAUCACAAGUAAAAUUUCUUAAUAUACAGAAGGCAUGGGAAGUUCUCAGUGAUUCAAGUUCUCGUGCGGCUUAUGAUAGCGAACUACAGGAACUGAGACGGGAUAUGGUAAUUGCCGAAGAUGUUACUUUAAAGGACAUGGUGGUAGAAGAUGUUGGAGAAGUCAUGGACCUCUUUUACCAGUGUCGGUGUGGUGAUUAUUUCUCCAUUGAUUCAGCAGAGCUGGAGGAGAUGGGAUAUUCAUUGGAUAAGGAUGGGAGUAAAAUGCUAUUGCAGACAGUGGAUGCAUUGGCAUCAUCAGUUGUUCUUCCAUGUGGGUCGUGCUCGCUAAAAGUCCGCCUGAUUAUUGAUUCAGAUUGUAGUUUUUCCAGUUGAUGAUCAUCAGCCUUAAUGCUUAAGAGCUAUUUUUCAGCUGUAAGCUUGUCCGAACAAUGUCCCCAUCUCUGGAUGAUAAGCUUAAGGGGUA